UAAGGGUUAGGGACUGAUGUGAAUGUACAAUAUAUAUGUAAAGCACUGCGUAAAUUGACGGCGCUAUUGAUUCUUAGAUGCAGGGGCGGACUGACAACUCAUGGGGCCCCCGGGCAAUAGGGGAUCAUGGGGCCCCUGUGUCCUUUCCCAAACUCAAAAAAGCCUAUGAAAAAAGGUACCAGGGGCAUCUCAUGGGGGCCCCUACUGACCCGGGCCCUCGGGCAGUGCCCGAGUUUCUAAAUGGUCAGUCCGCCCCUGCUUAGAUGUGAUGGCUGCAUUAGUUUUC